UCGGGGGUGUGACUACAGUCAUUGGGGUCUAUAUAUUGAGAUGCUUAGUCCGUUGGCUUUAUGUGAAUGAGAGAGAAGCUGCCCAGUGAAAAGUCGCCACAGCAGGACAGUGCGCUUCCUCUCUUCGUACUCCCUCGCAUAUGACACAAUGGAUUCCUAUUUCCGCGCACUUUGCAUGACUUUCGUCCUGGCAACGUUCACGCGGAGGUCAGGUGCGACCGGACCGGUCAUCAAAUGCGAACCAUGUGACGUCGGAGCGCGGCUUUUGUGCAAACCUUUACCCAAGGACUGCGCCGAGAAAGUCCGCGAACCGGGCUGCGGCUGCUGCAUGACUUGCGCACUGAGCUUCGGCCAGCCGUGCGGCGUGUACACCGGGAGAUGUGGCUCCGGGCUGACUUGUCAACCUCAGCCCGGUGAAACGAAACCCCUGCAGGCUCUGCUGGAGGGACGCGGGAUUUGUGCAAACGCGACUAACAAGCGACUAACCGUCAGACCAACACCCCCGGUCAACGAACUGCCAGCAGAGAAUGCUGAGACUCCGGAUGAGGAGCGUAAUUCCACUGGGUCGGGCCUUCAAACCUCGUACAGCACCCACAGACCCACCGGACCACUUCGGCCUCCGCUUCACCCCUUUUUCCCCUCUGCCAAGUCAGAGGUCCUCAGGCGGGAGCAGCAGAAGAAAACCCAGAGCUUUAAAAUGGAGGAUCUCCCAGGACCACUGAUCACAGACCCACAAAACUUCUCUCUAGAGACCAAACAGGAGCCAGAAUAUGGUCCCUGUCGAAGAGAGAUCGAGAGUAUUCUCAGCAGCCUCAAGAUCACCAACAUCCUCAACCCCAGAGGUUUCCGCAUACCAAACUGUGACAAGAAGGGCUUCUAUAAGAAAAAGCAGUGCCGUCCGUCCAAAGGCAGAAAGCGAGGCUUCUGUUGGUGUGUGGACAAAUACGGGCAGCCCCUGCCAGGGUUUGAUGGGAAGGAGCGAGGAGACGCCCAGUACUACAACUCCGAGAGCCAAUAGGAGCGGAGCAGGACGGGAGGGAGGGAGGCCGGGAGUGAACAAGAAGAAUUGUAAACAAAUGGAGACACUGAGGAUAUUGGAAGAGAGGUCAAGAGAUGGCUCAGCCGAUAUAUGGAUGUUUGCUGUUUCUAUCUGUUGCCUGUGGGACCUUUUUUUCUGAGGCAGAGCGAGGGGAACAGAGGAAGAUUACCGGGAGGAAAAACAAAAAAAAGUCAUCCCUGUACAUUCUGUACUUUUUAUGCAACGGAUGGAUUCUUCUAUAAGCUGUUUGUUUCUGACUCGACGUGGACAGAUUUGGGGGAGAUGAUGUGCCUCAUUUCCAAGGCCCGAGCCUGUUUGUGAAGCGCAGAGACACGUCACAGAGAGUGAUGAGAGCGCUCUUCAGUUACGCACAAUUAAACGGCAUUGCCUGUGUGCGCAUGCUCGAUAAUCAAUUGUAUGCUUGUGAUUUUUUUUUUUGUUUUUGUUUUUAUAUUUUGUGUGGUCACGACAAUAAAAAUGUAUGUACGUAUGAAUAUAUCUUUAAACGAGUAACCACGCGGUGCCUUACUACAAAUUCCCAUUGGUUUGAAACCCUCGUUUUGUUUUUUUCCAGUUGCUUCCUGCUCCUCAGGGAGUCGGAUGGAACUGUGCAGCUCAAGCACUACAGUGCAUAUAAAGCUAUUUUUUUUUUUAUGCUGGAUGUCAGUCCCCAGAAAGGGGGGCGUUUCUGUCUUGUAGUGUGGUUAUUACUGUUACAUUGUCACUUUGCAUAAGCUCAAUAUUUGAGAUAAAGGCCUCUAACCGUUAUCUCCCAUCUCUGUGUUGCCAGUGAUAUUUUGCAGCACUUGGUUUUAGUAAAUAUGCAGUUUGCAUGUACAAUGCAACCCUCAGAGGUCUAUUUUUACUUAAUAAAGGCAGUGCAAACUCGU